UCUUGAAGAGGUUUUGUUUAGAUUUCAAGUUAUUUCAAUCAAGACCUCCAAAAAGGGAAUUUAACAGCUUGAGAAAAACGCAUCCAUGCCUUUCUACUCAGAAAAAUGAGUUUUGAAGAGAGAGCCAAAGUGUUUGUGAACACAUUUAAAGAUUUUAAUCGUGAUCAGCAAAACGAAGUCUUGAAACGAAUCCUCCUCGCCUGUCAGCCACUUCAGCUAAGGUUGCUUUACAAUGGGUUAAAACCACUGCUUGCAGUAGAUUUUGUGGCAUCUCUACCAAAAGAACUGGUAGAAAGGAUAUUCUCAUACCUUUCUGUAAAAUCACUCUGCCGCGUUGCGCAGUGCAACAAAUUGUGGAGGGAAAGAUCAAAUCACAAUGCAUUUUGGUAUCGUUUCUGUAUUCAAAAGGGGUGGGACAGAUUUGGAGAAGAUCUUCUGCAAAUGCCUCAUACAUUAAUCUCUCAAAAGUCAAAUGCAUCAUUGACAAAUAACACAUGUACUGGGCUAAAGCCUGCCACCUGUCGCUGGAAGGAGAUCUACACUCGUGCCCUUUCACUUGAUAAGAAUUGGGAGCAAGGGAGAUACUCUGUUGCACCACUUUUGAGAGGACACAAGGAUCCUAUCACCUGCAUGACUUGUGAUGGUAGCACCAUUGUGUCUGGCUCGUCAGAUAAUACAGUCCGUGUUUGGGAUGUCCGAACUGCUAAGUGUGGUCUUGUUUUGGACUCGCCACAUACUGACUCUGUAAGAUGUGUACAACUAAAGGAUUCGUUGUGCGCCAGUGGAUGUGCAGAUGGAGUUAUCAGACUAUUUGACCUGAAAUCUGGACGAUGCCUCAGGUCAUUUCAAGGACACACAGGGGCUGUGGAACACUUAUCGUUUGUUGGAAGUACAAUCAUUAGUGCAUCUGCUGACCUAACUGUUCGGGUGUGGAAUUCAGAUACUGGUGCUCUUCUUCGCACAAUGACUGGCCAUUCAGAUGAAAUUCAGUUGGAAAUGGCGAGUGUAAAUAAUCAAAGGCUAUUUGAAUUUGUUCAGCCUGGGGUUGUGUGUACCAUAAGUUGUUCAAGCAAAGAAAUGAUUCCCGCAACUGUUUUCUGUUGUGACUUCAACGAAAAGAAAAUAAUAAGUGGGGGAGGUGAUGGUCUGAUUAAGAUCUGGGAUGCUCACACAGGAGAUAACACAUUCACUUUGGUUGGGCAUACAGGUGAAGUGUACUGUCUACAGUUUACUGAUGACAUCAUUGCGUCUGGCUCGGCGGACAGCACUGUGCGAUUAUGGAGUCAUCAAGGUAUCCUGCUUCACACACUGGAGGAGCAUAUCGGGGUAGUUAGGUGUCUGUGCCUCUCAGGUAAUCGACUCAUUUCUGGUGGAGACCGGAAACGCAUCGCUCUUUGGGAUGUGAAGGAGGGUAAGUUAUUGAACGUUUUGCAUCGUAACCCAACAUUGCUGCACCUCAUGUGGGCUGAUGAAACCAAGUUAAUCACCGCCUCUCCAGACACACCAGGAACGAUAACCAUCAUAAAUUACUGGUAGGCCUGUAACAAGUUAUAAACCAAGCGUGCAAAUUGCGUGUGGAUAUGUGUACUUUGGCAGGCGUGCAACUCCUUCCAGAGGAAAAAACAAUGAAUCAUCAAAGUUCUCUAGUGACUUGCAACAAUUUUUGUUUUGCACACGAGUUUGGAGUGAAAUCGAAAACAGAGUGAAUUUAAUUAUUGACUGUCGCAAAGCUAGGCGGUAGUCGAUCUUUCUUGUGGCGUGAAUGUAGACCCGUGUGGCAUGAUGGACAAGCCAAUCGCCAGAGUCCAUUUAUCGAUAAAGGUCGGCACACACGAGGGGACUAGUCCUUGCGACUAGUCCCAGCGACCUGUUUCAUACGACUAGUCCC